CUCAAGGACAUGAAGCUGCUGGACGUGAAGCUGGGCCAGCUGCCCAGCUGGCUGGCCGUGAGAGACUUCACCCCCGGCGGCAUCGUGGGGGCCGUGCGAAGAGGUUACGACAGAUACUACAAUAAAUAUAUCAAUGUCAAGAAAGGGGGCUUGGGUGGUAUCUCCAUGGUGCUUGCUGGUUAUGUCGUUAUCAGCUACAUCUGGAGCUACAGUCACCUGAAGCAUGAGCGCCACAGGAAGUACCACUGA